GCGCAAACACCCUCACGGAUGCCUUGCGAGAGCUUGAAACGCAAAAAUUCGGACAUAUUGCUGAGGCGCAAUGGACACAAGGUGAUUCGCAGUCCACCCUUUGCAGCGAAUCUCAGCAAGGUCGCUGCUCAAGGGAAGGGCGCUGCCAAUACAGACAUGGCUUGAUCGACAUUGCACUCCUGGAAGCCUCGGCACGCCGGCUGCGCAGGGCAAAUGCAUUCCCAGAAGCAUCGCUCGGCAUGGAAUAUGUACGGUCGUCCACGGACAGAGCUGUCUGGAGGGUCGUACAACGAUUCGGGCUGCGAGAGUCUAAUACAAUAUCCACACAUGCAGAACUCGCCCAUGCAUUCAGCGCGCUUGCUUUUCGCUUCUUCAUCGCUCUUCAAACUGAGAUCUCCACUGGAUCUCUCCCCGCUGUGGUACGAGCAGAUCUCCCCAACCCGUGAGCGCCCGGCUGCUUCCAUCUCAGAUGAGGCACCACCAAGCUACUCCGAUAUAUACGGUACUACGUCCGCAGAAGCGGACCACAGCACAGGUUCUACAAACAGAGCUCCCUUGCCUCCAGCCACAUCCCAGCUCCCCACUUUCGCACCAUACAACUACGGCGCCACAGCGAACGGGCUGAUGAGCACCUAUCUCAUAUCGCUGCGGCGGAUAGACCCAACACUAUCCGACGCCGUUUCCGACAUUCUGCAAAGAUCUCCCCAGCUUCGUGAUGCGUUGCUCCGCGAACUGUCAAGGAACGCCGCUACAAGCCGGCCUCGCAUCGGGGAUAUUUUGCCCGCGCCGGUGACGCAAAGCACCAAUGAAAGACGAAUGCCGGAGAAGAGUCUUGAUACGGUACGAUUUGUGGUUUCGUGCGUCCUUCUCGCUCCCAUCGUCGUAGUCAUCGUACUGCACUGGCCCGAGGUCUCAGACUUCUUACUACGGGCGCUGAAGUACUACGCUAUAUUUAUUGGGGGAUGGCUGGCCAUUAGCUUCCUCUGUCUCGCAUGUUGCUCUUCGUCUGAGCAUGCUCCAUCGGUCAGAUCAGUGUAGUAGUCGGGAUUUCACUUCUGCGUGCCUUCCUUUCCUUCCGUACUGUAGCUCUGCCUCAAUUCUGCGGAUCCCACACAUGUGUAUGACCCUGUUGUCCUAAGCUGCUCAAACUUGUAUUGG